CCGACUACGGACUACCCUACAGUAGGUUUAAGUUAUUUUUGCCUUCCAUCAUUUAAAAGAUUUUCAUAAUAAUUUUCUUUUUGGUUUUGCAAGUGUUAAAAUCGAAUGCUGCCGCAAGCAACAUCUAAAGAAUCUAGCAGGCAUUAAAGUAAUCACGGCUGUGAACUUACUCAUCAUAAUACUUGUGAACUUACUCGCUGCAGUGUUGACAUUGGACGUCGAGAAUGAUUUAACUGCAGUGUUGCCCUUGGGUUCUUUGAAGUUUCCAAGGUCCUCUUAGUUCUUACCCAGUAAAUUUACUGUUUUAUAUCGGGACGCGUCGUUGUGACCAUUUGUUCUGCAGGAGUUGCGAAGUAACUCGGCGCCUUGCUGAAUUUAUCGUUUUACAGUUCUUCGGGAUCUGAAUUCUGCAAUCUGACGGAGCCAUGUCAAUGGCGCCACCACAGUCAACUCCUAAAAUGUACUCGGUUCCGCGGGUGCGUUUGUGGAGAAUCAAUGGUCCGUCAUUCGAACCCUUGUCGGCAGACAAGGAAAAUGCUUGCUCCGUGGUUGUUCAACGUACCAACGAUCUAGACUCGUCCGCGGCAUUCGUCAUGCACGUUCUGAUGGAUGAUCAAGAAGUAAUGAAGAUCCCCUUGAACAGCCACACAGAAAGUGCUGUCAUUGGUGACAAAACGCUGGUUUUCGGCCCCAACGAAAAAUUCCAGCAGUCUCUGGCCGUAUCCGUGGAAAAGGAGGAAGAUCUAAAAAAGCUGAAAGACAUUGUUAAUAGCAUCAAGUCUGGCAAAAUCCAGUCAAUUUUCGAGAAAAGAACCGAGGAAACGUCGGCGAUUCAGUACUUCCAGUUUUACAGUUUCCUUUCCCAACAACAAAACAUGUUGCAAGAUUUCGUGCGCACUGCAACCUAUCAGCGUGCGAUCCAGUUGAAUGAUGUGGACUUUCGUGAUAAAGUGGUGCUGGAUGUGGGAGCUGGCUCAGGGAUUCUUUCAUUUUUUGCCUGUCAAGUCGGUGCUCGGAAGGUGUACGCCGUGGAAGCCAGCUCCAUGGCGGAACACUGUAACAGCCUGGUUCGUCAUAACCGAAUGGAGAGCGUGGUCGAAGUGGUCCAUGGAAAAAUUGAGGAAAUUACCUUGCCGGAAAAAGUUGACAUUAUUAUAUCCGAACCCAUGGGUUACAUGCUGCUGAACGAACGCAUGUUGGAAACAUAUUUACAUGCUAAGAAAUUUCUCCAACCUGGCGGAAGAAUGUUUCCCACCUUUGCUGAUCUGCAUAUCGCUCCUUUUAGUGAUGAGGCUCUCUACAUGGAACAACUGUCGAAAGCUAACUUCUGGUAUCAAACUUCUUUUCAUGGAAUUGAUCUGAGUGCACUGCGAGAGAAAGCCUUUGAAGAAUACUUUCGACAGCCAGUGGUGGACACCUUUGACGUUCGGAUAUGCCCGUCUGGUUCCGUAAAGUGGAGCGUAAAUUUCGAGCGCGACAAUGAAGCGGAUUUGCAUCGCAUAGAUAUUCCCGUUAGUUUUCCAUUGAUUAACACUGGCAUGAUCCAUGGCUUGGCGUUUUGGUUCGAUGCUGCCUUCCAAGGAACGAAUACGACCAUCUGGCUGACAACCGCGCCCAAUCAGCCCCUCACUCAUUGGUAUCAAGUGCGCUGUUUGUUAAAAACGCCGUUAUUUGGCGUGAAAGGGCAAAUACUUAGUGGACGUGUCCUCAUGGAGGCCAACGGGCGACAAAGCUACGACGUGACCAUCGAUUUGGCCAUUGCCAGCACAAAUUCGCGGUCCGUUAACGUCUUGGAUCUGAAGAAUCCCUACUUCCGCUACACCGGCCAACCUGUCGAACCCCCACCGGGAUCAAAUACUGCAUCGCCUAGCGAUGCAUACAACGCACAGAUCCAGCAGCAGUAUCAGCUGUGCCAGAGUACGGCUAAUAUGCAGGUGAACACGCCUUACAUGGCCAACGGACCGGCGGCGAACUAUCAUGCUUACGGUCAUCCGGGUGGGUAUGCUACUAUGGCUGCUGGAGAGACACCUGUUAAUGCGGUUGGAUACCAGCCCACUAAUCCAGGCGGUAGCCAGAUUCAGUUAGGACGAAAUAUUCAUCCAGGAGGAAUCCCUUCCAUUGGUGGCUUUGCAAAUACCAGCACGGGUGGCCAGCCACAGAACGCGCCUCCUGCUCGCUAUCAAACAUCGAACCACGUUCAGUACGGUUUUAGUUAGUUAACCUCGGCAGGAAUGCCUGUUAUAGACAGUUUGUGACACAACCUGGCCUGUACUGUUUAUUUUUCCCGCUUUGAUCACGCUGCUAGCUUUUAGCAUCUGUUUGCGUUACAAUCUUUCAAAGUUUUCACCAGUUAGCUGAAUUCUCGCUUUUUGAAUCCGUUAUUUAAUUUGGUAGAAUGGAAUUUUUUUUGUUUCCGUUAAUGUUCAAACGAUCCGUUCGAUGUAACAGCAGCGUUUGCAGUUAUUAAUUUUUGUAUGUUAGGGGUAACUGGCUAUCGCGUUGAGUAAAGACUCAGUUAAUUCUG